CAGUCGCCGGUUAGGUUGUGUCGUCUAACGGUCGUGCCGGGUUUACAAAACAAACAAUUAACCGUCGACCGGUGUUUAGUAAACUGUGUCCCGUUUGCUUUUACUUCAAAGUUUAAUCGUGUUGUUAAACAGUGGUUUAGUACUACCAAAAAGAUAAAGAAAGGCAACAAUGGCGAUGAAAGAGUGGCUGCAAUGGCUUCCGCCACCUCGCUCUCUCCUGGCGUUACUCCUGGCGGUGGCCGGCUUCAGCGGGCGACUAUUCGCAGCACACGCCACACAUUCACCCACACUCCUCGUUGACACCUGUCACUCAUUAUGUCGGUUGAUUGGUCUCAUUACCACGCUUGUGGCGUAUAAGUAUGAGCGUGCUGACGAAGGGACCGGACAAGAAGGAAAGCUGCGUAACACAUUCGGAUGGGCUCGCAUCGAGGUCGUCGGGAGACUGUCCGUCCAUGUCCUGUUUGCCUCGUUCGCUCUGGCACUUGUGGUCAAUGCUUUGCAACUUGGAGUGCAUUCGGCGCACUUACAGCCUCCGAGAUACCCUCGAGCUAUAUUAGGAACUGCCGUUGUUGGACUGCUCUUCAAUGCUAUAGGAUACUUGUUGCUAGCUGGGCGUGAAUUGAGCUACAGCCGAAGAUUGAGUGUCACAGAGAGUGGUGGAGUGGUGCUGAAGACAGGAGCUGGUGAACCAGUGCUGGCACAUGCCCCAAUUGAUAUAGCUAGUUGUCUGUUCGUGCUCGGUGCUGGUUUAACACUGGAGUGGGAACCAGAAAUAGCUCCUAUCGCUGAUCCAGGACUCUCCGCAUGCGCUGCUAUUGUUCUUGUUAUCUUCAAUUAUCCUUUCAUGCGAUCAGCAGGAUUGGUUCUAUUGCAGACAGUUCCCGAGGGUUUGGGCGCUUGUGACCUGCGAACUGCUGCCCUUAAGGUGCCCGGGGUCCUAGCUCUGCAUGAGCUGCACGUCUGGCAACUACAUCGCGACAAGAUGGUGGCUACAGCACAUGUCUCCUACAGAUCACAAGAGGAUUUCCUCAAGAGUUCCGGUCUGGUGUGUGACGUGUUCAAACGUCAUGGGAUCGGACUAGUCACCCUACAACCAGAGUUUACACUUUCUGCUAUGACAGGUUCUGAUGAGGAACAGAAGCUAAUGGUGGAUUUCGCAAACACAGCGUGUUCAUGUCCGUGCGCUAAGGAAUGCAUGGCUCCGAAAUGCUGUGCAACACCAUGCAAGCCUGCAGUUACAAGAGUUUGAAUACAUUUUACAUAUUUAGACAUGCAAGAGGUCCUAUAGGCAUGGACGAAUUGAGUACAGGAGGUCUAGUACCAAAAUGUAAGCCGAAGUUUCGGUCCGUAACGAAAGAACGACGAACUUCUAAUUAAAUCUUAUUAGCAGGAGCGUGCAUACCAUAGGUAUAGGCAAUUAGGCAGUGCCUGCCUCGUUAAAAACCUACAUAAAUAUAGAACUAGUGUUGUUGAUUUAGUUCCGUAAUUUAUUACCAAAAUUUUAUUGAACACCCACUCAUAUUAUUUUUCCUUUGGCUAGAUCCUUAAUACAUACUAGUACCCGGUAGGCAGUCUGCAGAUUCGAUGUACAACUUCAACAUUUAUUCAUUUAGACCUAGUACUGGCAAACUAAAGCGCAAGUACGACUAGUGAAAUCUAGAAUGCCUACCUUGCUAGAAAACCAAAGUACACCUCUGCCUGUUACCAAAGUACUUCGGAUCCGAAUAGUGCGGGCGAAUUUCGUUUCGGAACCAUAGACAUAACCAUAAAAACUGAAGUUAUAGUUACGAUAAUAAUAAUGUCAAACAAUGAAAAGUAUUCAAGUGAAUUUGGGAAUAAGGUAAACGAAACACAAAAUGUCUUAUCGCGAACUUCGUAUCGAUCUUCGGAUCUGAAACACUUUCGUAACAGGAAAAUGUACGAUCCGUCAACCGAAACUUCGUAUUUCGUUUUUGGUAAUGGCUCCUGGGCGCGAACUAGGGCCGUGUUCGCAUUUACCCCUGUAGCCCAUCUACAUCGAAGAAAGAUAAUUAAGAAUAAAUGGACAAUUGUAUUGCAUUAGUUACGAAGUUAAGAAUUAGGAACGUGUAGUUAAACAUUUAUGGAGCAAUUUUAAAAUAUUGGACUUAUUAUUUUGAAACUAGCACUAUAUUUUCUGGCGUACUACAUAUUCUUGCCUUAUACUUGCCAUGAACAUUCGCCCAAAGAUUGUUAACACGUAAGCACGGCAGACCAGACGUAACGAAUGCUCAAAACCAUGUAGAUAGUGUAUGUAUUGUAGAAUUAACUGAAUAAUUGUAAUGUUAUAAUACAAUAUUAAUGACAAAUAUAAUAAUUUAUGUAUAUAGUAUCUAAGACCUAUUAAAUUAAGCAAGAUUUUUAAGGUUUAUAUUUCAUAUGUCACGUUUACGAGAUAUUGUAAGAGUGAUUUAUUGUCGAUGAUUUUCCUAUACCAUGAAGUGAAUCGAUACAUCUCUCUGGUGUGAAGCAAUGACAUUCUAUACCACUGCCCUCUACUAUUUACCACUGGACUGGCGGCUGUCAAAGUGCUUAUGUGCCUGUUUGAUAUUCACCAUUUUGGCGCUGUUGGCCAUAGCGAGAGUCUGCGGUAGUAAAACUAGUAAUCACGACCUCAGCUAAACAAACAUCGAUAGAUGGUGGGAAACUAUUUGCAACAAAAAAAAUGUGUGUUUUAUUACGUUGAUUCCUGAAGUAUAAAUAACACGAAAAACGAACGAAAUUAAUUCAAAAUGCACUGUACUGUACGCUUCUGUCGCAGCCAUUUGUAUUAAACGUUAAAAUUAGUUCUCUGGACGCUCGCUAGUGGCGCAUCAAAUAGGCACAAAAAAUUUGCUGUCAAACAUAUGGAACAGCCUGUCCAGUGGUAUUUGUACAGGUCAGUGUUCUAUACACAUUUAAGGACAUAUCAUUCACAGUCUGAUAACGGAACGACAAAGGUGUGGUUAAAGACAUUGUAAGCACACUUUUCUCCUUAGUCGUGUGUCAAGUAAUGAAACCUGUCCGAAUGUAACCUGAACUGAAUAUAUGUUUUACAUUGCUGCUUAUUGACCAAUAAUAUUUUAAACAACUGGAGUAAAUGCGGUAAUGUAUAGGUAUAGCAGUUUAAGAAGCUUAUAAUGUGUUAAUUUGUGGCAUGUUCCUUAUUUCGGCUUUUCUUAUGCGACGUGAUUUGUCUUUAUGUAUAGAACGUCAUUGGUGUGAAAUGAUAUCUUUAUUCAUAUAUUAAUCAGUGACAUUGUGAAUAUAUGAGAACAGGUAACAAUAAUAAUUAAGACUUCAAAGCACUAAAGAGUUUUGUUUAAAAAUAGUUUUUACAUUUUAAGCUGCGGCCACAUUGUAGCGAAAAGGCGAACAUUUGCGAUGUCAUGACACAUUUCUAUUUAAAAGUUGUUUUUUUUUGUCGGAGUUUUUUGAUUUGCUUUGCCAAAGAAGUAUACAUGUGUACAUAAGUACGGAUUUGUUUACAAGAUAUUAUAUGGAUGUACAAAUACUAGAUAAUACUCUAAAUUGAAGUUUCAAUGAAAUUAAAAGAUAUUAGUAUUUUCUUUGAUAAACGCGAGUGUAACACAUUUAAAUAAAACACUUUUAAAGUGUUAAAAUCUCGUUUUCAGGGGGACUGGAGAUC